AUGGGUGAAAUCCAAACUGUCUUCCAAGCAUCGCUGCUUCUGGUUGGCCUCUUUGGUUGCACUGGCGAAGGUGCUUGUCCUGAUCCGUUCACCCUCAUUGGUGGAAGGUGUAUCUACGUCAAUAGGACAGGAGCGUCAUGGGAUGCAAGUGUCAUCGCAUACUACUGUGAAAAUCACUUCUGGACGGCUGGUAGGAAGAAAAACAACUCUCAAGUUUUCGAAUGGAAAAUAUUCAGGACUGCAAAAUUUUUAGAUGAAAUUCUUCAGUACAAAAGUGCGGCAGAAAUAAGUAAUUGGCGUAGUGGUGAACCAAACAAUAAGGGUGGCAAUGAGGAUUUUUUGGAGCUCCAUAAUCAUAUAUCGGAAAAAUUUGAAUUCAAUGAUGUUCCUGGCAAUUUCGACCGUUGUCCAAUUUGUCAAUUCGAUGGAUAA